AACAACCAAACAACACACGCACAUCCCCACAACUAAAAAGCCCAGAAAGGGCUAAAAUAAGAGAGAUCACUGGAGGAACCAUUUUGAGGCCCCAUCACAAAUAUCAAAUAUGCAUCAACUCAGCCGAAAAAACGUUCACUUCAGCAUUAAAAGAAGAAUCCUCUGGCGGAUCUCCACCCUUCGACGAUACCUACGCACGUUUUGGAGACGGUUUUUCGCUUGUGGCCUAGGCAAGUCGUCCAUUAAGUAUAGGCACUUGGCCCCCACGGCCACCGUCUCCUCCUCCUCCUCCUCCUCCACCUACUUGCCAUCGUCACCUAAAAAUGUUGUGGAUGGUGGCUUCUCCUCCACGGAUGACGUGGUUCGGUUGCCACGCUGCAGCCUUGAUCGUGCCCGCACAGACUCAUCGGAUUUGGUUUCUUUGAAGAUCAGUCUUCUUGGUGAUCCCGAUAUCGGGAAAUCAAGUUUUCUGAGGAAAUAUGCAGGAGGAGAGAAAGGGGAAGAAGAAUAUGCAGUGACAGGAAUAAAUCAGGUGGAUAAGACAUUGUAUGUCAAAGGGGCAAGAAUUUCUUACAGCAUAUGGGAAGUGGGAGGUGAUCAUAGUUCUUCACUUGAUCAUAUUCCAGCUGCCUGCAAAGAUUCAGUAGCUAUGUUAUUUAUGUUCGAUCUCACCAGUCGUUGCACGUUGAAUAGUGUGAUCAGAUGGUACCAAGAAGCCAGAAAAUGGAACCAUAAUGCAAUUCCGGUGCUGAUAGGGACUAAAUUUGAUGAGUUUGUCCAAUUACCAAUGGAUUUGCAGUGGACAAUUGCAAGCCAGGCGAGAUCAUACGCAAAGGCGAUGAACGCAACAUUGUUCUUUUCAAGUGCAACAUACAACAUAAACGUGAACAAGAUCUUCAAGUUCCUAACAGCGAAGCUCUUCAAUCUGCACUGGAAUUUGGACCGCAAUCUCACCAUCGGAGAACCCAUCAUUGAUUUCUAGCUACUGUCUGUUUUUUUCAGUGAGUUCCGAUCCUCACACUCCAACCAGUCACUGCGCAUUUCUCUCUCCCUCUCUUCGGAAAUUAGGAGUGGAGGGAGUGCAGUGAAUUUUGUGUUGUUUGCAAAAGUGUGAGAUAGUUACUUAAUGUAGAGGUCCAAAAGUUCCUUACACUUCCCAUCUCUUUAUCCCUCUUCUCUCUUUCUCUCUCUAUAUUGUAUUGAUGUACAGUUCAAAAAUAGUAAUCAAUCACUAUGACACACUUAAUGUAA